AUGACGACCCGCACUCUCUGCUUGAGCGUCCUCCUGCUGCUGCUCUCCCCCCCCUCCUUUCCCGCUCGCGCCGAGCCCCGACGGACCGCGUCCCCUCAGCGCAGGGCGGCGCGCGCACCCGCGGCCAAGGUGCGCUUGGCGGGCAACUUCGCGCGGGGCGCGCACGAAGGGCGCCUGGAGGUGCUGCACGACAACAGGUGGGGCACCGUGUGCGACGACGAGGUGAACAUCAAGCUGGUGAACGUGGUGUGCAGAGAGCUGGGCUUCCAGGGAGGCGUGACGUGGGCGCACAGCGCAAAGUACGGCGAGGGAGAAGGCCCAAUAUGGAUGGAUAAUGUACAAUGUGACGGCUCGGAGAGGUCCUUGAAGGAAUGCAAACACAACGGUUGGGGAGUGAACGACUGUAAACACUCGGAAGACUUGGGGGUCGUGUGCACGACUGAGCGUAGGCUGGAUCCGACAGCUAUCAGAGGCACCACCGCUGCCAGACCCAAUGGCAGCCCUGCACCUCAGUGGCAGGGAGCCGUUGCCACCCAGAGGCAUCCAGGAUACAACUAUUACGGAAAUGGACAUCCCUAUGAGACCCCCAGGUUCCAGAGACAACAGCUCUACCAGGGUUUCAGUAAGGUACGAAUCGAGGAGGUUCGCCUUCGUCCCAUCCUCAUGGCUACGAAGAGGAAGAGCCUCAUCACAGAGGGUGCAGUGGAGGUGAAGCAUGCAGGGAGAUGGAGGCAGGUUUGUGACCUGGGCUGGAGUCUCAACAGCAGCCGGGUUGUGUGCGGGAUGCUCGGCUUUCCUGAGGCAACGCAGCACAACGUUAAAAUGUACAAGAAAAUAUGGGAUACCAAGGUUGCAGAUCCCUCAACAAGAUUGAGCCUCAUGGCUAAGAAGAAGGGAUUUUGGGUAGAAAAAGUUCACUGUCUUGGCAUCGAGAACAGCCUAUCAGAGUGCCAUGCUCAGCUGUCAAUCCCCCGGAGCCCCACCCCCUGUAAGAACGGGAGACAUGCUGUGGUCAAAUGCGUACCAGGACCCCAGUUUUCCCGCAUGUCCUCAGGAAGACCACAGGCCCCGCAUCCAGUUGUGCCUGUGCGUCUGAAAGCAGGCCCCAGGUUGGGUGAGGGUCGUGUGGAGGUGCUCCGAGAAGGAAAAUGGGGGACCGUUGUGGACCACAUGUGGGACCGGAAUGCAGCCAGUGUGGUGUGUAGAGAACUGGGCUUUGGUACUGCCAAGGAUGCCCUGCAAGGAGCCUACAUGGGUCAAGGUACAGGACCUAUUCACAUGAACAGUGUCCAGUGUAUGGGGUCCGAACGCUCCAUCCUAGACUGCUACUUCAGAGAAGUCCAACCGUGGACAUUUAAACACAGCCAGGAUGCUUCAGUGCGUUGUAACGUCCCUAAGACUGGCACGGAGAACACGGUACGGCUUGCUGGUGGAAGGGUUCCGUCAGAAGGACGCGUGGAGGUGCUGAUGGAGGUUGGGGGUCGUAAGCGCUGGGGCUCUGUUUGUAGCGAGAACUGGGGCAUCAAUGAAGCCAUGGUGGUGUGCAGACAACUUGGCCUGGGUUUUGCUGCCGGUGCUCAUCAGGAGACCUGGUACUGGCCCGGUGAACCAAGUGCAGCUGAUUUGAUCCUCAGUGGAACUCACUGUGUAGGCACCGAGCUUUCAAUUCAACAAUGUCGUCGCAACAACCAUGUCCAUUGUCCUCGUGGAGGUGGAGUGAAAGCCGCCGGAGUCAGCUGUUCAGAGACGGCGCCUGAUCUGGUUCUGGAUGCUCAGCUGGUCCAGGAAACAGCUUACCUAGAAGACCGACCCCUCCACCUGUUGACUUGUGCCAAUGAGGAGAACUGUCUCUCCUCAUCUGCUGCCAGGAUGAACUGGCCUUAUGGCCACCGGCGGCUAUUGCGCUUCUCCUCCCGCAUCAUGAACCUGGGCCGGUCUGAUUUCAGGCCCAAAGCCUCAAAAGAGAGCUGGACCUGGCACCAGUGUCACAGGCACUACCACAGUAUCGAGGUGUUCACCCAUUACGACCUGCUGACUCUGAACGGCACGAGGGUUGCGGAGGGACACAAGGCCAGUUUCUGUCUGGAGGACACGUUUUGCCCCGAUGGACUCCAGAAGCGGUUUUCUUGCUAUAACAUGGGAGACCAGGGCAUUUCUGUGGGCUGCUGGGAUACCUACCGCCACGACAUUGACUGUCAGUGGGUCGAUAUGACGGACGUGCGCCCAGGAGACUACAUCUUUCAGGUGGAAGUAAACCCCUCGAUGGACAUGGCCGAGUCUGACUUCAUGAACAACGUCAUGAGAUGUCGGUGUAAAUACGACGGCCACAGAAUUUACAUGUACGGAUGUCACGCAGGUGACGCAUACAGUGCAGAGACCGAGGACCUGUUUGAGCACCAGAGGCAAAUCACUAACAACUUUGUGUAGCCCACCCCGGGGCCCUGCACAAAAGCCUUUCAGUGAGGCCCAGAGACUACUCAGGGUGGUCUGAGGUUAGUGGCCCCUGGCCCUUGGGACCUUAGGACCAACACAGUAACAAAGAAUACCCAAAAUGCUGUUCUUCUUACUUAUAGGUGUGGAUAAAAUAUUUAUAAGAGCAUCGCACCACAGCAGCAAUGAUUAUAGACACUUGAUCAGACAACCAGAGUCUGGUUUUUAGUCCAGUUUAUAGUGACACCAACUGAUUUACUGAUUUGUGUUAAGUAAAUGUAUACAGGCCUAAAUAGCUCUAUAACUGGUAAAAUUACAACAGAAAAGCUGGCAGGUGAUUCCCAAGCCAAAAAAUAUGAAUUUCUGAAAAUCCAUAUAAUUGUGAGGUAUUUCUCAAAUGAUUAAUUGAAUGCAUUUGUAAAUUUUACUUAUUCCCCCAAUUCUUUACCUAUUUGAUUAUUGGUGACUGUUGUGCUGUUACAGUACUUAACUAUUGGUGCUCUUUCUGUAUCAGGUGAACAGUGUUGUACAGAUAAAGGUUUCUUUUUCAUUUGCAGGAUAUUUUAUAAAUGCUCUGGUUACAAUCAUUGUUUUAAGUGUAGUCAUGCUACAAAGAUUUGCUUCUCAUCUAGAAUAGGAAAGAAAAAUACUUUUAUGAAACAAAGCACUUUAACUUUUAAAAAUCAGUAUUCUGAUAUCCCCCUCGUGUGCUUUUAAUCAGCCAGCAGGUUUACUUUUCAGGGUGUUUAUAUACAAAACAUCUUAUGGUUUUUAACUUUUCAGAAAGUGAAAUAUAACAUUUAUGUUUAGUUUUCAUAUUCAGUGUACUAUUUAUGCAAUAGCUUUAUUUAUUCAUGGAACUUACACUUACACAGAUAAGGUUUGUUAGCUUGGCUCUGAUUAAUAAUGCUAAAUAUAUUUAUUCAUUUUUAUCAUAAUUAACCAGGGAGAAAUCAGGAGUAGUUACUGUAGAACAUUUCCAUGAUGCAGAUGAAUAAUUCUUGACUUAUUUUAUUCUAUUAAAACAAGUGUAGCUGUACAGAUUACUCCCGCUGCCUCUGAGAUGGGAGGGAAACGGCCUAAGAAACCACAGUAUUGUGGUAAGCAGGCAAGCUGGGUUUAGAGAGCAUAUAAAAUGUCUUCUAAUUAUGUGUGCUCGGGUUAGACCUAAAGCUACGGUUAAGAUUAGGACUAUAGCAUGUGCUUUAUAAAGAAACACGGUGGACUUGGUACUUUAGGAACCAUGGAAAGCAAGAAUCUGAAUUUCCAUCUUUAGUCAAAGGAUUCUGAGCAUCUGAGAGUGUGCCUGAAAGAAAGACAGAGAAAGUACGAUAGGAAGAAAGGGACGGGAAGGUUGGAGAAAGACUUAAACAUGCCCAGCUAGAACGAUCUGUCUGUGAGGAUGAAUAAACUGGCCUUAUUUUCACCUCUGAUAUAACGAGCUGAUAGUUUUACAUUUUCUCGGCCGAAGACAGAACUUUUUUUCUUCACACAAAGCAAUGACGCAACUCAGUUUUCCUUACAACUUGGAACUUGUGUUAAUUAGGAUUUUUACUGUAAAGUGGGUCUGCUGUGUUUGGCUUAUUGCGUGAUAAAAAAGUUUAGAGAUGUUUUUGUAAUGGACACUUUGCGAGACACACGGAAAGGUCACAAGCAGAACUGAGCAGAUCCUCCUCAUUGGACGCCCAUGCUUGUCUUUUGUUUUGUGCUUCAUAUUACAUGUUCUGUGUUAUUUAAUAUUAUAUGACAUUCCAUGGUCUAGGUUGGUUCAUAAUACCUAUUGCAUUUUGUUACUGUACUUGUAGCCAUGCUAUACGCAUAGGAAUGGCAUCUUGCUUUCAUUGGCCAGUUAUUACUUGUAUUUAAUUAAAGAUUCAGAGUGUGAGCAUGGUGCUUAUCUACCCUUAUAUUCAUAGAAAGCUCUCCUCUCAGGGACUUUGACCUCAUCUAAAGAGUAAACAGAACAUUUCAUGUGAUGUGACUGAGGACGCUUUCAGCUGUGAUACAAACAGGAUGACAUGAAAAUCAUCUCAAACUUUUCUGUCAGCACCAGAAGAAACUGUACCCACAUGUUUAUCGUCUAGAUGAAAAGAUUUAGAUAUGAAAGUGAUAAGCUUUGUUAUGUUUUCUUAAGGAAACCUAUCACUGUGGAUCAACACUGGCUUAGAAGGAAAUUUCAGCAAAUUAAAAUCCAUCCAUUCAUCAUUACUGUGAAUCAAUAAAACUUGUUGUCCUCUG